CUGCGAAAUGCAUUUCGCCUAGACCCUAAGGGUGUAGACCUACAUUUAUUCAGCUUUUUAAAGAACAAAAAGAGGGGGGUGUGCUGCCCUUUCCUCUUACCUGCACACGCCCUUUGCCAUUCAGACUUAUUUCAGCUCGCGUACAGUGCAGUCAGAAUUUCAGAAUGGCAGGCCCUAGUGAUUUUUAUGGUUGGCAUAGGCACCAGAGAAUGGACCCACGGGCCGUAGGUUUUCGUACUGAACAAGAAGCUAGAGAUUGGGCAAAUCGUUCUCGUGAUUGGAAUGGUCAGCCACGCGACCGUUUUGUUCACUUUGAUUAUCCAGAUAGAGAAAGGUCUCCUCUUCGAAACUAUCGAGAGUGGGCUCCCUCCUUUGACGCUCAACCGCCAUUGUUUAAUAUUCCACCCGUGAUUCCACCACCGGCUUUUGACGUUCCUCCGCGUGAUCAGUUUUUUCACGGAGACCGGUUUUAUCAAAAUGAUGUGGGGGAUCGACCAAGGGGGCGUGCGAAGGAACGGGGGAAUGGCGCCGAGUUUCCGUUAGAUGAUAGGAUCGAAGAAGAAGCCUACGUUCGUUUUAGCAAGCUAAGAGACUUGGAAGAAAGAGAGAAGCGGGAGAGCAGACAGGAGGAAGACGAAGAAGAUGGCGAGUAUCUUGAAGUAGAGGACGAAGAGGAAGAAGAGUUAGACGAGGGGGGUCCAAAGCUAGUGGACCGUCCAUGGCUACCAAAGGAGCGUACUCCCCAAGCCCCUGCCGCCGGAUCUAAGUCGAAAGGGAAGGCUCUAAAACCAACGCGCGCGGCAGCCGCGGCAGCCACGGCAGGCUCAUCCAAAGCAGCCAGUGAAUCAGGGGAAGUGACGGCGUUCAUCCCAACAGCGAUUUCAGACGAGAUUAGGGUUUGGCUAACGACUGGCCUGUCAACCGACGAUUCAAAAGCAAUCUCAAAGAAAUUUGAGCUCGAGUUUGAGGACCCGACUUUCUCGAUUAAACCGCCUAAGCUCGACGGCUUUAUGUUGAGGCAUGCUAAAGACAAAGAUCGAUUGAAAGGGGUUAAUGCUUCGGAGGAAGCGCUUAUACAGACUCAGCUUAAAAUAAUGGACGUUGCCCCACCUCUGUUUGAUUUAUACGCUAAAGUGUGUGCUCUUGGAGAGGGAGAAACGGUGACGCAAGCCAAGAAUACGGUGCGGGCCGUUUUACAACAGUGGGGUAGAGCGUACUACCACAUCACCCAAAGAAGAAGGCGAGCGGUUGUGACAUUGGUGGAACCGACAUAUGACUUCAUAUUGUCAAACCCUGACGCUUUCGCACCGGGAAAGGAGGCAACUGAGCUCCUUUUCACGGACAAAUUCUUAGAGACGAUGCUCAAGGAGGCGUCUCAAGACGCCACACUGGCAAGCUCAUCGGCGGCUCGAGCGAGGGCUAAGGCAGGUGGAAGAAAGGUAGCAGUGAACCCAGGCCCAUCUCAACGGGUGUUGCGCCCAAGGAGAGAAGCAGCGGCCCAAUUUCCCGUUGAAGGGAGGCAGAGUGGUGGGGUCGGAAGAGGACGACCGCCGGGUGCAACUGCUUGGACUCGAGGAGGUGAAAGAAAUCAAACCUUUCGUGGCCGGAAAGCUGGAGGUUAUUCUAGAAGCAAGAAUAACUAGACUGGCGAGAAAGUAAGAAGGCCCCAUUACGUGUUCAAGUUACGGCAGUUGGCAGAGCUGUCCAGAAGAAGAAGCGCACUAUUUUUUGCUGCAACCAUUAUGUUCAUGUUUCUGUGUUUCAUGAUAUGUUACCUUGGGAUAGAGUUUUUUUACCCUGAAGUCCUCAGGUUUUUUCUCGUAUCCCCCUCAAACUGUUAUUUGGAAGUUAUGUGUGAAAUUCUCUCUGAUUAUGUUUGAUAACAUGUAAUUGUGUUUGGUUAAAACCCUGUACACGGAUCUGUAGCUAUAAGUCUGAAUGGCAAAGGGCGUGUGCAGGUAAGAGGAAAGGGCAGCACACCCCCCUCUUUUUGUUCUUUAAAAAGCUGAAUAAAUGUAGGUCUACACCCUUAGGGUCGUCGUCUACAUUUAUUUCUUAUACAAUUUCAAUUACCCUUCAGGAUCGUAGAACGAUCCCUCGGGUAAUUUAC